CUCUGGUUUGACGUUACAUAUUUUUGAGUAACGAGCCCGACGCUGACGAGUGGUUGUGCGUCUUGGAGAGGGCAGGGACGCCGGAGACGCGCAACGGCAGCAGCGCAGUCUUAUUGGAGCCACCGGUUGAGAUCAUUCAACACUCCGAGCGCUGACUGACUGAACGGAUUGUGGGAUACAGAUCGACGACCUCCACCUACCUGAAAUCAUUUUCCUAAUCAAACGAUGGACAUCUUCCUCGGCCCCCUUAAUAGCCACGAAAGCGUCGGAUGAGUGAAAUCGGAGAUGCUGCGCACCUCGGCCAAAAUCCUGGAGCUUUUUUGAACAGGACUGUGGGUGUGUGCGCGUCGGGCUCGCCGUUACCUCCGGACUGCACUCGCCAACUUCCCCCGCUUUCCAUCAAGUCAUGUCUGAUACAGAGCGAUGGGCAAGUUUGACGACAACGAGAGGAUAAUCCUCAACGUCGGGGGCACCAGGCACGAAACCUACAAAACCACCCUGAAGACCCUGCCGGGGACGCGCCUGGCCCUGCUUGCCUCCGACUCGGACAUCGACUCCGUGCUGGAUCAGCUGCAACAAGUCCCCGGCUUCAUCGAGUACAACGCGCGGACCAACGAGUACUUCUUUGACCGCCACCCGGGUGUUUUCGCCUACGUGCUCAACUACUACCGCACCGGGAAACUCCACUGCCCGGCGGAUGUGUGCGGACCGCUGUUCGAGGAGGAGCUGUCCUUCUGGGGCAUCGAUGAGACGGACGUGGAGCCCUGCUGCUGGAUGACAUACCGGCAGCACCGGGACGCGGAGGAGGCUCUGGACGUGUUCGAGCUCAACGUGGACAACGGGGAGGAUGACGACGAGAUAGGGAAGAGGCUCGGCAUUGAGGAUGUUGCUGCCGACGGUAAUGUCAGCUUGUGGAGGAAGUGGCAGCCGGUGGUCUGGAAUCUAUUCGAGGAUCCCUACUCCUCCAGGGCGGCGAGGUUUAUAGCCUUUGCAUCUUUGUUCUUCAUCCUGGUCUCCAUCACCACCUUCUGCUUGGAGACUCAUGAGGCUUUCAACACCAUCAUCAACAAGACUGAGCUGAUGCGGAACAGCAGCGUGCCGGACUCAGGCCCGCAGUACGAGAUUGAAACUGAUCCUGCGCUCACCUACGUGGAGGGCGUUUGUGUCUUUUGGUUCACCAUCGAGUUCCUGGUGCGUGUAACCUUCUGCCCGGUCAAGUUGGAGUUUAUUAAGAGCGUUCUCAACAUCAUUGACUUCGUGGCUAUCCUGCCUUUCUACUUGGAGGUAGGGCUGAGUGGUCUUUCUUCGAAGGCUGCCAAGGAUGUGUUGGGUUUCCUCAGGGUUGUGCGCUUUGUUCGUAUCCUUCGUAUCUUCAAGCUAACGCGUCAUUUUGUGGGGCUAAGAGUGCUGGGCCACACAUUACGUGCCAGCACCAAUGAAUUCCUGCUGCUCAUCAUCUUCCUGGCAUUGGGAGUGUUAAUAUUUGCCACCAUGAUCUAUUAUGCCGAACGAAUCGGCGCUAAUCCCAAUGACCCCACUGGUAGCAUCCACACCAAGUUCAAGAACAUCCCCAUCGGCUUCUGGUGGGCCGUAGUAACCAUGACAACACUGGGCUAUGGCGACAUGUAUCCAGAGACCUGGUCAGGCAUGGUCGUGGGCGCAUUGUGCGCCUUGGCAGGGGUGCUGACGAUAGCCAUGCCUGUGCCCGUUAUCGUCAAUAACUUUGGGAUGUACUACUCCCUGGCCAUGGCCAAACAGAAGCUGCCCAAGAAGCGGAAGAAACACAUCCCUCAGGUGGUGCAGGGAGGGUCCCCCAUCUACUGCAAAGGUGAUCUCAACACCACCUGCAACAGCACUCAAGGUGAUCUGUGCCAUGUCAAAGGGAGCAGGGUACUAGAACGCAACCGCUCAGUUCUGUCAGCAGACUGCAGCGGGGGCAGUGACCUGACCAUGUCUCCAGAGGAGAGGGUCCCCAUGCGAAGGUCCAGCACCCGGGAACAUAACCGCCGGAGCGGGGGAACAUGCUUCCUGCUUACUGCUAGUGAUUACACCUGUCCUGCAGAUGGAGGGAUGCGUAAAACAGGCUAUGAGAAAUCCCGGAGCUUAAACAACAUAGCGGGCAUGACUGGUAACGCCCUGAGGUUGUCUCCCGUGACCUCACCCUACGGAUCGCCCUGCCCGCUGCGACGCUCUCGCUCCCCUAUCCCCUCCAUCCUGUGAGACGUGCAGCCCUGGGCCACUUUGGUCCAAACCAGCCCACAUCCUACCCCCCAAACAAACCACCUCCCUGUGGUAUUAUAUCUGAACUCUGUUCUCGGUAUUGUGACUAGUGGAUAAGUACUUAACUUUGUAGCUAAGACUAAUGUUAGUGGCUUGGGCAACCUGAGCAACUCCUCUUUUCCUUGAAGUUUGAUGUGCUUAGCUAACAUCCUUAAGUAACUAGUCAGUUCUCCUGUGUCUUUUGGAGUUCCCUUUAGUUCGAUAUUGUGAGACUUGCAAUAAAAGAACUCUGACUGGUGGCUUUAGAAGUAGCAGCCAUAACAUGUAAUAAAGGACACAUGAAUAAUCAGGGAUAUUAGAUGUUGCUAUAUUUAGAUACCUUGAAAAAGACGUGCUUCCAAAAAAAGAAAGAGAGAUGUCACUUCAUUUUAACCUCACACAACUGUGACUUUGUCUUUGGUUUGCUACUUUAUUUUUGGGAUUGAGACGGGAGGGACGGGUGUCAGGAAGGAGCAUUUCAGGACUAUGUCUCGACUCACACAAGCACACGUACAGUCUGUCACUCUUCACCCGCUGCUGGUCCUGCUCAUGUUUUUGCAUGGAUCAUCCUGUAACCAUCGUCUGCGAGCAAUGUGGCAGACAGCGAGGAGAGCUUGAGGAAAUGUAUAUUUGAGAAAGUAUUUUUUAAUGUAAUGUUAUUAUGUUGGGGUUGGGGUACACUCGUCUCAUUUUUCCAUCGGCUUCACCAACAAACCACCCAGGAGACUGAAAACACAGAACGCCAGUUGGGUGUUCGCUUCUCUCUGCAUGUUUUUUUUUUUUUUCUUUGCUCGUCUGCUAUUUCCGACUAACUUUCUCCCCACCUCCUCUGUGUUUUGUUUUCUUUGAUGGAGUGCCACCAAAGCUGUUGUGUCUCUGGUUGUUUUGCUCACAGAUAACUGCAAAGAGGUUGUCUUUACUGGUUUCACACAAGCAGAGAGCAACGUUCUAUCUUAAUGGCUUGAGGGGAAGAUGCCACCAUGGCGGAAAGGUAACCUUCUGAACAGGUGUGAGGGUCAGAUUGCAGUGUGGGACCCUCUCGCCCUUUUGGUCAUGAAUUAAGUUUGUAUUCUUGUGUGUGUGUGUGUGUGUGUGUGUGUGUGUGUGUGUGUGUGUGUGUGUGUGUGUACUGAAAACCGGGGGUUAUUCAGUAAUCCUAAGAGGUGAUACCUGUAUGAAGAGACAAGCGCAGAUAAACAUGCACUAUUGAUGGCACUAUUACAAGUGCUGCUUGUAGCGUUUUAAUCAGCUGAUAAUUAUAUUAAGACAUAAGUAUGAUUAGAAUCAACAAAUGACACUAUAAUUGAGGAGAAAAUGGCAUUUUGUAUCAUAUGACACCAGAUUUGGAUGGAAAUUUGCACAGUUUACACCCGAGGAGCAGAUUUUGUUUGUUGCAAAAAACACUGACACAUAACUCAAUCCUUCUUUGCUCUUUUAUCUGCACAGUUUCACUUUAUAUCAGCCAUCUCCAAGGGCUAUUAACUGCUCUCAAAUCAUUUAUCCAUUCACUAUAUUUCAUAAAUUGCCUCUGUGCACCAACAGGUGUGGGACAGCAGACACAGCCAUGCAGCGAUGUGCCUCACCCAUCCCUACAGUAUGUCUAUACCAGUAGCAGAUGGUUGCUUAGCAACUGGCUCACAGCUAGAUGCAUCUUACACAUAGCUCGGCAAAAAGUCAAACAAUUAAAAAGAAGAGCUCUUGCAAACAUUUCUCUCCGUUUGUAUGGUGAAUUAUUGAAUCACCCCCACUUAAACCACUGCAAUAUACAACAGAGCUUUUAUAACUCAAGCUGAAACAGCACCAUAGAUCUGUACCAUGUUGUCAUUUUUUGGUGCACAUAUUGAAAAUAGUCAGUCUGUGCAUGUUGUGAAAUGAUGCUCAGCAAAGACAUUAUGCAUUUCUGAUAUUUAGAGAUGUGUUUAUAUUUUAUUUAGACGAUUCAUUUCCUAUUUGAAUGACGGUGGGAUAAGUCAUCAGUAUGAGGACCUAUUGCAGUGGGAGGACCCCAUUUGGAGCCAUAAGGCCACUCCUACAGGACAAUAUGGACGAGGAGGCACGCAGAGACUAUUGGCUGACAGCCGCCCAGCCAGUGGCUCAGUGCGCAGUAACGGGACGUAGAGAUAAAAAUGAAACCCUGGGAGGACUUUGACAAGCAUUUACCUUUUCCUGAUUUCUCUUUUUGUUUUCCUGUUUUAGAACUGUGGAGAAAAAAAAGGCUAGCAAAGCAAACUGGACACGUCCUUAAAAGAGACUACUGUAUAGAUAUCGCUCCUGUAAAUAAGACAACACAGCACAUCUGGGUCAAGCGGCUCCGUCCACACAUCUGUCUUUCAAUGGCGAGUCAGGUAACAGGGUGGUUGGUUGCUAAGUUGCGCCGUGACACUAAAUCACUUUUCUUGCUGUGGUAUCCCUCCUCGCAAUAAGUGUAUUAAGAUGUAUCAGUUGAGGCACUUUGUGUUCUAAAAAUGGAGUGUAUUCAUAUAUGAAAUUCUACAUACAGUAUAUACAGUAUAGAGAGACAAAUGUGCUAAGUUGAAUAAAUGUGACAUUAUGGUCAUCUCUGCUUUUGUUUCCCUUGGUAAUUUUCAGUAGGUUAAUUGCUCUGCUGUGUGUUAAUGUGUGUGUAUCCUAAAACACCAGGGUUAAGAUCUGCAAUUUGAAAGGCCAGGUCAGCGGAGACCAACGAGUGGACUUGAUGCUGUCACUCUUCCAGUUAGUUUUAGCACAAAUACGAAUGAGACAGAGUUCCCUGUGGUGCAGUCGCCGUUCUAGAAGUCCUUCCCUUUUCCGAGCACCUAAACAUGCAACUACCCUGCGUUUGUGCUGCAGAUGUUUGUCUCCUCGCAAAACAAAUUAUUCUCACCAGACUACUCCUCAUAACGCCUGGUGGCUAAACAAAAACUGCAUAACUUGAUUCUUCCAAACUUUUCCCCUUGUGGGGGUGGAGCAAAAGUGUAGCAGAAGUUUACCAAGUUAUAAAGCGGGACUUCUAGAACGGCUACAUCUGCACAGUAGCAACCCCGUGAACCCAAACAAUCAGAUCGGAUUUGCAAUAAGCACCCGAAAACAAAAAGCGCCGAUCCACACUGUGAUUUCAGCAGCCCGUUAAAACAAGAAUGCAGAAGGAAAAGGGAGUGAAAAUGCAGCUCUGAAGGCUGUUCGAAAUGACUGGCAGGUGGCACAGCUUGGUUCUGACCUGCACAGUCGUGUCACCCUGUUCCCACAAUCCUCCUCGUGUAGUUCACACGCUGCUUUACUCUUUGACUUGACAAAGGGGUACCGUUCUUUGUGUAUUUUUAGGAUGACGUUGUAACUUGAAAAAAAAAAAAAAGGGUGUUUAUUUUUUUGAAUCCAGAACAUGUAUUUUUGUGUCUUACUGUUGAGUACAUUGCUCUUAUCUGUAAAAGUCAUGGUAGUCUGAUGCUGUGCUUCUCCAUCGUGUCCUCAAACUGUCAGGCUUUUGAUCCGAGUUCAUGUUUUGUAUGUUUUACUGUGAGGAAAAUUCUAGUUUGAAGUCUGUAUUUGUGGAGCCUUUUGUUGGCAUUCUAAAGUGCAUGCUGAAAAAAAAACCCAUUAUGUCAAAUUGUAAAAAAAAAAAAAAAAAAAAAAGAUGACAUACUGUAUAUCACGUUCAAAACAAUGUGUAUAGAGUGAAGGUAAAUGCUAUGUGAGAGAUUCACAUAAACUAUUUAUCUUUUAA